AUGGCUGGAGGUGGCGAGGCAGCUGAACCUCGAUCAUUAGAACAAACACCAACUUGGGCUGUUGCCAUUGUUUGCUUGGGCUUUGUCCUUAUUUCUAUAAUAUUAGAAAGAUCCAUAAAUUUGAUUGCCAAGUGGCUUAAAAAACACCACAAGAAAGCUUUGAGCAAGGCACUGGAAAAGAUUAAAGCAGAACUUAUGCUGGUGGGGUUUAUAUCUCUGCUACUUACAGUUGGACAGAGGCCGAUUUCACAGAUCUGUAUAUCCAAAAGCUUAGGAGACACGUUACUUCCAUGUUCUAAAGAGGAGGCCUCAGUUAUGAAGUUUUCAUCAGUAGGAAACCACAGAAAGCUCAUUACACGAGGAGGUGCGAUCCAGUUACAAGUGCCAUUGAGGCGUAUAUUGGAGGGUGCUGCUGAUCAAACUGGCCACUGUGCCAAAAAGGGAAAGGUGCCUCUUAUCUCCCAAGAUGGUCUCCACCAACUACAUAUCUUCAUCUUCGCAUUGGCUGUCUUUCACGUUUUAUCCUGCAUUAUCACCAUGGCCCUUGGACAGGCAAAAAUGAAUGUCUGGAAAACAUGGGAGCAAGAGACUAGAACUUUGGAUUAUGAAUUUUCAAAUGAUCCAGCCAAAUUCAGGUUUACUCGGGAAACAACUUUUGGAAGGAGGCAUAUGAGCUUUUGGUCUCAAACUUCAUUUUUUCUCUGGAUUGUAUGCUUUUUCAGACAAUUCAUGAGGUCUGUGCCCAAGGUUGAUUACCUCACACUUCGUCAUGGCUUUAUACUUGCCCACUUUGCUCCACAGAGCAGAUUUGACUUCCAACUAUAUAUAAAGAGAUCACUCGAAGAAGACUUCAAUGUUAUCGUUUCCAUCAGUCCUCUUCUAUGGUUUUGCGCUGUUUUAUUUUUAUUUCUCAACGGGCAUGGAUGGUUGAUAUAUUUAUGGCUGGCAUUCAUCCCAUUGAUUUUGCUUGUAAUCGUGGGAACAAAGCUCCAAGUGAUAAUAACAACAAUGGCCUUGCAAAUCCAAGACAGAAAUUCUGUUGUACAAGGUACUCCGGUGGUAAAACCCAAUGACCAACUGUUUUGGUUCAGUCGUCCUCGCUGGAUUCUCUAUCUCAUUCACUUCACUCUCUUUCAGAAUGCUUUUCAGUUUGCAUUCUUCUUUUGGGCAUGGUAUGAAUAUGGCUUAAAAUCUUGCUUCCAUCAAAAGACACAAGGUAUCAUAAGCAGAAUUAGCGUGGGGUAA